AUCCAAGAGCAAAAGAACCAAAAACAUAGCAAGAGAGAAAAUGGGUAAGCUAAACCAUCAUCCAUUCAUAACCCAUUUCAUCCAUCCACAUCCAUUAGAGCUCUGCAAUCUCGAUCAAAUCCAUUAUCCUCCUCCUUCAUCAUCAUCUUGCUCUGCCUGUUCUCUUCCUCAAUCCUACGGCUUCAUCUACACCUGCAAAACAUGUCCAAAUUUCUCUCUCCAUCUUUCUUGUUCUCAAUUACCUUCUUCACUUACCCACCCUUCUCAUCCUUACCACCCACUUUUUCUCACCCCUACCUCCACUUAUCCCGGCGGCCAAUUCAACUGCAACGCCUGUAAAAUCGAUAGCACCGGAUUCAGUUACCAUUGUUUAAGCUGCAACUUUGAUUUACAUAUCAAAUGUAUUAUCAGACCAUUGAUUAAAAAUCAUUACUUGCAUCCUCACCCACUUGAUCUUACGUUUGCUUCUCCUUACGGCAAUGGAUCUGGAUUCUCAUGCGAUGUUUGUUAUCAUGUCGGAACUUCCCAUUGGCUUUACAGAUGUAAAGAUUGUGAAUUUGAUGUUCAUCUUGACUGCCCUUCAGCUCCGGGGAUACAAACUCCGGCGCCGGAACUCAAACAUCAACAAUCAUUGCCGGCGACCUUUACCAAAAAACUUAAAUCUUUAUCGAAAAAUAUUUUCAAACCGGCGACACUUACUCAUCAACAGUCAAUGCCGGCGAUGCAGCAGAAUUACUAUCCGCAACCGCAACAACAGCAGCAGAUAAGUCAAACUCCGAUAUUGCAAAGUCAGCUGCCGCCGACACAAUCAUGGCAGGCUCAGGCGCCGGUUCCGGCGGCGACUCAGUCGUUGGGGAGUAGGAUGAUGCAGGCGGCGGUGCAAGGGAUUUUUGUAGGGGCGGUGCAACAGGUGGGACAGAGUAUUGUUCAAGAUUUUAUUUUGAACGACGGCGCCGGCGAUAACAAUUAUGGUGGAGAUGAAGUUACCUAUGAGAAUUAUUGA